UCGAUUUUUUUGAUACACUUCACUUGUUGUAUAAAUUACACUCCAUUAAAAGUUUAUAUAUUUGUCGCAGUUUUUAGCAAUUACUAUUCUGCAUGUGCAGCAAAAUUUUAUGUGUCUCUCUCAUCCCAUAGAUGUACGUGAUUGUUAGUACCGAUUCGAAAAGCAAAAAAAAAUAGAAAUAGAAAAAUCAGUAGUAAGAUUGUCGGGUAAAUGGCUGCGGAGGACGAUACAACGCGCCGUAAAACCAAAACGCGCUAUCGUUGCUAUCCAAAUUUAUGUAUUCGCCUAAUUGGCAUCGUUCAAAUUGUUGUUCUAUAUGUUCUACUGGUUGGACAUGCAUCGGCGGAGGAUUGGCAUGAUACGUAUGGUGGUAUGGGCACCACACACGAACAGCUGGGCCAAGUUCAUUAUCCCGAUCCCGAACUAACGCCCUACACAUCAAAAGUCGAAUAUACUAAAGAGAAGAAGCCACACACUUGGUCUGCAACGCCCGCUUAUAAUAUAUCACAAUUUCUUUUUGAUUCAACGAUUAACGAUAAGCCACCUCUGCCAGAUGGAUAUUUGACUGUAAAGAAUGGCGAUACCUUGGCAAUGGGUAGCAAAGUUGACACAAACGAUUGGAGCGAUCUGUUGGCACAAUAUGCUUUGGUCAUCUUGUGGGUGAUAUUCUUGUUAAUUGUGAUAAUUGUAUUACCAUUUCUUGCCGUUUGUUAUUGCUGUUUCUGUUGUUGCCGCCGUUGCAAACGGGGCUGUGGUCCUUGCGAUGGUCCUAGGGAUAAAAGAAUGAGCAUGAUCUGCGCCGGAAUACUACUGCUCUUAGUCAUUCUCAUUCUUUUGGGUGCCAUUGUUGCCUUCGCUUCGAAUCGCGUCUUAGAUCGCGGUUUGGAUGAGACAUCGGAGGAAGUGAAGCGAGGCAGCCAGGACACCUGUCUCUUUUUGGAGGAUAUCAAUGCGCAUCUGAAUCAUAUUUUUGUCUACAACUACCUGGAAUUGGAGAAUCAUCUGCAUGAAUUGAUGACCAAUGCCCAUAGUCAUAUAUUCCUUGACCUGGCUGACACAUCCGAGAGCAAUGCCAUCGAGCAAUUGGAGCGCAUAAUGGAUAAUAUGGAAGAGGCGAGAACUUUAAUGAGACAGGUGGACAGUUUGGAGAAGGAGCUGCGCUUCUACACAUCACAGCUGAGAGAUGGUGUUCGCGGAGCUAAACGUGAUGUGAACUAUGCCUGUGGCAGUUUGGUUAACGGUCGUAAAUGUAAAGACUUUUUGAGAAACUCUGAAAUGGAAUCGGUUGAUAUGUCCCCCUGUCUGCACAUGGACUUUCUGCCGAACACAACUGUUUUUGUGCACGGUGUAGAACAAAUUGCCGAUAGCGACGUUAGAGCGAUACCGCAGACCGCUUUGCUACGUUUCCAAGAAAUCGGCGUCAAAAUCGAACACGCUAUGGGGACAAUCCUAAUUCCGAUGCUGCUUCAAGUGCGAGCGGCUCGCGACCAGUUCCGUAUGCAUGCCAAUAGGCUCACCAAUCUGACGGAGGCCUUGAUCAGUAACAUCCAAUUGAAAACGAUUCGCUCGACGAGAUCUUUCGAAGAUGUCUACGAUAGGUUUGGCUACGAUCGAAGUGCUAUCAACUCUCUUGUCUGUGGCCUCUUGUUUAUUAUUGUCUUUCUAAUGUUGGUCUCCUUGAUGUGCGGAUGUUGCGGUAGGAGAGGAUCAGGAGCCACAUGUUUGCUAAUCGCCAUAAUGUUUAUAUUCAUUGUGUUCUCGUUAAUUACACUGGUUGGUCUAUUCUACUUUAUAAUGGGCUUGAUUGCAUACCAGGGCGCAUGCGCCCCAGUACGGGAUCUCGAUAAGACUGCCGUAUUCAAGCACCUGGAUGCAUCCCUGGACGUUUUUGAACUAAUGGAGGAGGAGGAACCAAUGUUACAUGAACUUGCAGAGCUGAAGAUGUCAACGACCAUCAAUGCCUGCAUGGCCAACGAGUCUAUAUUUGAUUUGCUUGUGAAGUAUAAACUCUACAAUUUGAAUCAUUUGAGGGACAUUGAAGUGAUAAAGGAAAAGCCUGAAGAUGAGAAAAGGGAGGUCAUAUUUGAUGAAGAUCUAUCCUCCGUAUUUCUAUUAACGAAAGAGGAGAGGGAAAAAUUCGAGACCAUACGCAAUGGCGAUCUUUCUGAAUACAAUAGUGUUCUUUACCUAAGCAAUAUGUGCCGGACUCUAACACCGAAUUUAGCCAACUUGGCAACAGGUCUAAGGCAGAUACGAGAUAGUAUAGCAUACAAUGAAAAAUGGGAGGAGUAUAAUAAAUAUGCCCGAGCCUCGUUGUCUAACGAAGCUUACCAUUUGGAUACGUACAACAUGGAAUGGACCGAUAAGAUAUUAGGUAUCAUGUCAAAUAUGAAGAACAAAUUAUCCCGUAUCGAUGACCUCAUCUUAUAUGAGAAGCGAAACUUCAGUAACUCAAUUAAGGUGCUGGUCGAUGCCGUAGUCCGAUCUGAAACAUUCAUCCAGAAACGUGGCACCAAAUUCAUAGACACGCUCGCUAAAAAUCUCACAGAUGUGGUCUCUGACCAAAUAGAUCAAUUUAAGGAGGGCCUCAUCAACGAAUGCACCAAGAAUGUGGGUCGUUGCGCUCCACUCGCUUAUGUCUAUUAUCGCGGAGUGGAUCAGAUCUGUUAUCGCCUGGUUGAUCCAAUGAAUGGCUUCUGGGUUGGCUUGCUUCCUGCCGCACUGCUCCUGCUACCCCUAUUGAUUGUCGCCCACAAACUGAUGUGCUUGUGGCGCAGAUUACACUCUUAUGCAGUGCCGAUAGUCAUAGUACCCGAGACCGGCCCCACGUGUCCCACCUGCUCGGGUCAACCGUAUACACCGCCGCCAAUUUUCACCUGUAGCGGCGGGCAGCAGGCGAGCUGCGUUUGUCGGGAGAUGGAAACCAAGCGUACAGAUGGUGGAGCUACCUACAACGAUAGCUCCUCGAUUGCCACAUCUGAACAGAAUGUCAUUGUUGAGCCAGCCGGCAACCCGGUUGCCGAACCCCAGAACCAGAUCCAGUCCCAGUUGCAGACCCCAGCUCAGGCUCAGGCUCCGCCCCAAGAAUCCGCAGCUAUUAAACCGAAAAAUGAUUAGAAAAAAAAAUGAUCGCGCACGGAUUGAAAGAAUUUUAUAACUUCUGCAGAAAACAAGACUAUUCAGAGUAAAUUUAAGUGUGUUUAUAUUAUACGUACUCGUGUGUCUAUAUUAGCACGGCUGUAAACCAUAAAA